AUGACGGACGCUGAGCUGGAGCCCCAGCUCUCCAUCCUAAAUCCUCAUCCCACUCGGGUCCCAGGACCUCGCCUCCUUCACCAACUUGUGCAGCUUACAUCAAAUGAAUCGCUGCCUGCGAUUCACUCACUGAACAGCCAUGGAGAAGAAUCAACUUUGUCUUACGCCCAGUUCCACAAUGCCGCGGAUGCCCUAGCAGCACGAAUCUCUCGCUUGGCUGCGAUAUCCUCCUCAUCGGAUGAUUUCAUUAUACCGAUACUCAUCCCUCAAUGCUCGCAUCUUUAUAUUGCGAUGCUGGCGGUUCUCAAAGCUGGCGGAGCUUUCUGCCCUUUGCAUCUAGAUGCACCUCCUGAGAGGGUUCGAUUCAUUUUCCAAGACGUAUCGGCGAAAGUCGUUCUUGUCACUCGGGACUUGGUGUCAAAGAUUCCUCAGGAUGACGCAGAGAGGGUUGUCUUAGUGGUGGACGAAGAGGUCACUGAUGAUUUGGCUUCAUCACCAAGUCUCACAACUCGGCACAUUGAGCCUCAACAUCGUUCCUAUGUCAUGUACACUUCUGGUUCAACCGGCACGCCAAAAGGCGUUGGAGUCUCGCACGAUGCUGCAACCCAAAGUCUUCUCGCCCAUGACCGGCAUAUUCCAAGUUUCAGGCGCUUCCUUCAAUUUGCCUCGCCGACGUUCGAUGUAUCAGUAUUCGAAAUUUUCUUCCCUCUUCUUCGUGGAUCAACACUAGUUACGUGCGAUCGUGGUCGCAUGCUCAACGAUCUUCCUGAUGUCAUCAGGACUUUGCAGGUCGAUGCAUGCGAGUUGACGCCUACUGUCGCUGGUAGUCUUCUUCGCUCGCGGCAAAACGCUCCUUGUCUGAAGCUCCUCCUUACAAUUGGUGAAAUGUUGACAGAGUCCGUUGUCCGCGAGUUUGGCGGCAGCGACGUGUCGGACAGCAUGUUAUGGGGCAUGUAUGGCCCAACCGAGGCUGCAAUCCACUGCACACUUAGACCUAGAUACCCCACGGAUUGUCCCUCUUCGAAUAUCGGAUUUCCCCUAGAUUCCGUCUCGUGUUUUGUCGUCGCCAUCCCCGAAGACGACUCCCCCUUCAACUUCAACAUACUUCCAAUAGGCGAACUCGGUGAGCUUGUCGUCGGAGGAUAUCAACUCGCCAAUGGCUAUCUUAAUAGGCCAGAACAGACUGAUGCGGCAUUCUUCGAUACUCCGCACGGCCGUGUUUACCGCACCGGUGACAAGGCCAUCAUGAACUCAGACGGUACCAUGGAGUGCCUUGGGAGGAUAUCUGACGGGCAGGUCAAGCUACGCGGCCAAAGAAUUGAACUCGGCGAAGUUGAGCAAGCAGCAAUGCGAACCACCGGGUGUCAUAGUGCGAUUGCCAUGGUUCUGGGCGGGAUUCUGGUUGCAUUUUGCGCCAUUGACGACGAACUUGCUCCGGGAGAUUAUGUGGAAGACAUUCUCAACACUUGCCGCACAUGGCUCCCGUCUUUCAUGGUUCCUGGUGACAUCGUCAUCAAGACAGGCUUCCCAAGGUUGCCCUCGGGAAAGGUGGACCGGAAACAACUCAAGAACGAAUAUUCAACGUCAUUGACAACAUCUCAACCCGAAGACCAUUUUGAAGCGGCUAGCCCACUAGAACGGAAGGCGUUAUCAAUUGUGUCAAACUUUCUCGGUUCUCAAAUUUCUCCAUCGGCUUCGCUUGCAUCCGUGGGCCUUGAUUCUCUCAAGGCAAUAAGACUUGCCUCGGCUUUACGGGAAGGCGGUUUUCAGGCAUCAGCAACGGACAUCCUCAGCUCCAAGACUCUUUCGGCCUUGUUCACCUCUCUACAAGUGGCGGCAUCAACCUCAGCAAUAGACCAAGAAGGCCACAUGCUUGACUUCAAAGAUCCCUGCGAGAUACACACCGACCAGCUGCUCGGGCAACGUGCGGACCUGACGUCUUUGAAAGACGAUAUCGCACGACUUCAAAUGUGCACACCUCUGCAAAACUCAAUGCUAGCAGAGACAUCUGUCAAUCCACAGGCCUAUUGCAACUGGAUCAAGCUUGAAUUUCCGGCCGAGACUACGACGCAGGAAGUUUUGCAAUGGACGUACCAGGUUGCACAGAACAACGAGAUCCUCCGGUCAGGGUUCGUAUCGUUUGAUCAUAGGUUCGCACAAAUCAUCUACAACAAGCUUCCUCAGUCUUCUAUUCAAAUUGUCCACCAUCUGGACGAAAAUCAUAGUCUGGCUUCUGAUGAGAGUUACUUGCGUCCUCUCAGAGUCCAAAUUCUGGGACGUCAACAAGGUCUUGGACCAAUCGUGCUCUUCCAGAUGCAUCACGCCCUCUACGACGGAUGGUCGGCCGACAUGUUGAUCAAAGACUUUUCCACAAUAGCCGAUGGUGGAGUGCCCGAGACCAGACCCCAGUUCCGAGACGUUUCCAGAUUCUACGCGGAGCCUGCCACCAAAUGUCGGAUGGAUGAGGCGCGUGGAUUCUGGGCGGAUCAUUUGCUUGGUUGGCAACGACAUAACCUACCACGUCUCAUGGGACGCCCUGCUGAUGCCGUUGAAACUCGAACUGCAGUUAAGACAAUGAACAUCUCACAGAGCGUCCUGAUGGAGACCGCGUCACGGCUCCAGUGCCACCCUCAAGUUUUCUUCCAAGCUGCUACGCUGUGGCUUUGGGCCGGGUUGCAAGGACAAACGGACCUUAUAAUUGGCUCAGUCUCGUCAGGUAGAACCGUUCCGGUGACGAGCAUUGAGUGCAUAAUGGGUCCUUGCAUCAUGACAACGCCUUUGAGAGUCAAUCUAGCCGGGACUGCGACCAUUGCUGACCUCGUUCGCCACAUCCAGGCCACGAACCGUGGCGCGCUACAACACGGCAUCUUGCCGUUGGCAGACAUCAAGAGAAUCGCAGGCGUGAGCCCCGGAGAUGCUCUCUUUGAUGUGUUGUUUGUCUACCAAGAGUCUCUCUACAGUCAGCAAGCAAAACAGGGGCAUGUUCGGGAAAUGUCUCAUCAGGACUUCCUAGAGACUAACCUUCUUAUCGAAAUUGAGCCUUCCGCUGAGAGCCCAGUUUGUCGCCUGACCUACCACACCAACGCAUUUACGGCAGAACACGCCGAGAUUCUGAUGAAACAGUUGGAAUCGGUGGUUUCACACCUUAUACUCGAGCCUCAAAGUCCAGUGGAAACUAUCGGAAAAUCCCUAUCCCAAGGACUCACUUCCAUCUUCAACGCUCACCCUGUAACUCUCUCGACGAUCCCGGAUCUGGCGGCAAUGUUUGAGCUGUCGGCGAGUGCCACACCUGGUGCCACAGCCAUACGAUUUGCAAGAUCUCUUGAUGAUGGAGACGUCGACACGAUGACGUACAGCAGCCUGAAUUCAUCGGCUAACAAAAUCGCAAGGCAUCUUCGUAAGCUGGGCGCGAGGGAGGGCGGCAUUGUAGGCAUAAUUAUGGAGAAGUCAAUCUCCUUGUAUGCCGCGAUACUGGGCAUUCUCAAAGCUGGCUGCGCAUACUUGCCUCUCUUACCCACCACCCCGAAUGAUAGAAUCCGGCUCAUUUUGACACAAGCCGAGGUCAGUAUCUGUGUUGCCGAUGCGGCCGUUUCAUCAAGUCUAGGCGACCUCUCCAGUUGUCAAUUCGUGGACGCCCUGUCAAUUGACACGCCCAGCACUAUGAAGAAUAACUUGGAUCUGUCUGUGGACCCUUCGCGCCCAGCAUAUGUUAUCUAUACGUCUGGAACCACAGGCACACCCAAGGGCGUGGUAGUCACACAGAAGAACAUCGUGAGCAACCUCGACGUUUUGUCUAGGAUAUACCCGCAUAGCAACACUUCUCGUUUCCUGCAAGCAUGUUCACAGGCGUUUGAUGUCUCAGUCUUUGAGAUUUUCUUUACUUGGAAGGUUGGAGCAUGUUUGUGCUCUGGUACCAAUGAUACCCUUUUUGAGGACUUGGAGCGUGCCAUCCAAUUUUUGGGAUGCACUCAUCUCAGCAUGACCCCGACGGUUGCUUCUUUGGUCAACCCUCGCAACGUACCCGCAGUUGAUUUUCUUGUUACUGCCGGUGAGCCCAUGACUGCACUUGUGGCAGAAAGAUGGACCGGAUUCCUAUAUCAAGGAUAUGGCCCAGCUGAGACAACGAAUAUUUGCACUGUCAAAAAGAUGAAGCCUGGAGACUUCAUCGACCAUCUUGGGUUUUCAUUCGACAACACCUCGACUUUUGUUCUUGGCUCUACAAUGACCGACCCAGUCCCUAUUGGCUGUGUUGGUGAGCUCUGCUUCGGAGGAGAUCAGGUUGCAGCCGGCUAUCUAGGGAUGAAGAAUCUUACUGAGCUUAAGUUCCUCGACCACCCGCAGUUUGGUAGAAUCUAUCGAUCAGGCGACAUGGGGCGGAUGCUUCCAGAUGGAUCUUUGAUGGUUCUUGGACGCAUGGAUGACCAGUUGAAACUACGUGGACAACGGAUUGACACUGGGGAAAUCAGCAGUAUUCUCACGACCUCGAGCAUCGCUACUUCAAGUGCGGUGGUCAUCGUCAGCAACGCAACUACAUCCACGUCUCAGUUGGCAGUAUUUUAUGUGCCUGCUCAGCAAUCCUAUGAUGACUUUGGGAUCUUGCCCAUCGACGAAGGCCUCUUUGAAGCAAACAAUACCCUUCUCGGCCUUCUUCGAUCCCGUUUACCGAUUUACAUGAUUCCGAGCUACCUGGUCCCAAUCAAUUCCGUGCCGUUGACAUCUAGUGGCAAGGUUGAUAGAGCCCGGCUGCAAGCAUCUUUCCGCGACUUGAGUCGAGACUACAUCGACCGCGCUGCAGGCUCUCUCCAGCAGAAGGAAGAUGAAAGCUUCUGGUCAGAAGAUGAACGAACAGUCAGAACGGCCGUGUCUCGGACGACCAAUGUAGCGGCGGAAGACAUUGCUCGAUGGCAGCCUUUUGCUGCUCUUGGACUGGACUCUAUAUCAGCAAUUUCUCUCGCGAGGGCUCUACAAGCUUCUUUCAAUCGCAGAGUGCCGGUCUCAACGAUUCUUCGGACAGGUUGCAUAGCUCGCUUGGCUCAAGAAAUACUUGCCGACACAUCUACCACCUCCACGAGCACAGCUUUUUGUGCCUCCGCGUUGUUUCCUCGGGAAUUUGUCGAAGAAGUCAAGCGAGGGUUCGCAGAAGAUGACAAAUCGGUAUCUUCAGUUUUGCCGUGCACCCCCCUCCAAGAGGCCAUGCUUUUGUCCACAACAGGAUCAUCCUACUCAAACCAGAUGGUCUUCAGACUACACAUUUCUGAUACAGACAUGAAGAGCUACUGGGAGCAAAUGCACUGCCGACAUGGCAUCCUUCGGACAUGUUUUGUGUCGACUAGAGACCCAAAACGUGCCGUUGCGCAAGUUGUACUUGACUCUGUGUCCAUGGCAUGGGACCUGAUCGAGGCAGGCAGUCUAGAAGAAGCAGCCAGCCGACACGUGGAAGGAUUGCCCGACCCAGUGGACUCGAAAAUCCCACCACUUUCACUCGCUAUCCUCAAGGUAGUGGGAGAUGUUUACCUCUCUUUUGCCUGCCAUCACGCGCUUUACGAUGGCGUGGCAAUGGAUGCACUCCUGGUUGAGGUUGAACAGCUCGCAGCCGGGAAGACUCUCCCAGCUCCCCUGGAGUACGAGCCAAUUCUUGCAGAGAUUCUUCAAUCCCCUGAUGGAACAAGUAGUUUCUGGAAGAAUCACUUCGACGGCUUCAAGCCCGCUCAGCACAUUCUCUCUGCUGGGGGCUCCCAACUUUUCGGGUCACCCGCACCUAUUGUCACGACAAGGCCGCUUCUCAUGUCCCUCAGCCAAAUUCAAGCUAUGUGCAAGGCUUCUGGUGUUUCGAUGCUAUCAUACUUCCAAACAGCCUGGUCUGUGUUCCUGACUCUGGUAUAUGGAGAGUCAGAAGUCUGCUUCGGAAACGUUAUGAGUGGUAGGGCUUUGUCAGUGGACGGCAUUGACCGUUUAGUCGCGCCUUGUUUCAAUACUUUGCCUGUCAGAGUCGAAGUCCCGCCAUCAACGGAAAGCAUGGCUCUCCUCAAGAAGUUCCAGAACAUUAAUCCUCUCCUCUUGGAACACCAGUUCACCCCCUUGCGCUCAAUCCAGAAUCAGGUUUCCAAGAGCGGUAUACAGCUAUUUGAUUCGCUUCUCCUCCUUCAGCAACGUCGGCCAGAUCGUGAUUCUGGCAUCUGGGAACUAGUUGAGGACAACGGAACCAUGGAUGUACCUCUGGUUUGCGAGUUGGUUCCGUCUCCGGCUCGCGACCUGAUGACUGUCAGACUUCACUCCAAUAGUCCUUUCAUGGCGCAAGAAGCUAUCGUCGGACUGCUCGACACGUUCUUGCAUGUCGCCCAACACAUAGCAACCCACCCUGCUUCCAGUGUUCCUACGCGAGAUCAUUUGGCACCGGAAACAAGGCAGGCUCUUGGACGUCUCAAGAUCGAGAAGAUCUCAGAGACAAUUGAGCAGUCGGACGCGGAAGCAGCUUCCGUCACUGAAGAAUGGAGCCAAGCUGAGGACCAGCUCCGAUCGAUCAUCUCCGAGCUCUCAAAGGUCCCAGUCUCGAGUAUCCGCAAGACCACGACCAUCUUCCAGCUAGGCCUUGACAGCAUCAAUGCAGUGCAACUUGCAGCUAUGAUGCGCAAGCAAGGCCUGGGGUUAUCUGCCUUGGAUGUCAUUGAAUCUCCCACUUGUGCGAAACUGGCCAUUUGCCUACGGAGUGCCGCCACGCAGGACACCAGUCAGUAUGACUUUGCCAAAUUUGAGCAAGCAGUCAGAGACUCUUCUUCGGCUGGUGACUUUGACAAGAUCCUACCAUGUUCGCCUUUGCAGUCCGCUAUGCUGAACGACUUCAUCCAAUCAGAGGGGAAAGCCUACCUCAAUUACAUGUCUUUCGCACUCAACGAAGACAUUUCUAUGGAUCGGGUUGAGGAUGCGUGGGCUGCUUUGCUCGAUCACCACGAGAUCCUGAGAACUGGAUUUAUCUCCACACAACUUAGAGAUGCAUCUUUUGCAAUGGUGCAAAAACCAGCAACGCGCUCUCAACUUCGUCUCACGAUUCACAAUCACGCGUCCGACUCCUUCGGUGUUACAAAGUGGAAACUAGAUACUGCGCACACGAUUUUGAGCUCGUUGCAGCAAUCCCCUUGGGCCUUGGCUCUCGAAUCAACCACUUCAGGCAUUACAAUGCAUGUGAUUAUGCACCAUGCGCUCUACGAUGCAUACUCUUUCCAGUUGAUUCUCCAGGAUCUAUCCUCAUUUUUGUCUGGAACGCCUAUGUUUCAACAUGCGCCCAUCGAAAACGGUCUCUCGCAAAUUCUCCAAGCCUCCCUUGAUACUAGUCAAGCAGAAGCUUUCUGGAAGCAGAAGGCUCCUGAAGUUGUGGUUAACCGUUUCCCAACUCUGACUCCGCUGACGGAAAAGUCUCCCGCAUCGAUUGUUGAAAAGCGUGUUUCCAGCAUGGACUUCACCCAGCUAUCCGAAAACGCGAGGAGAGUCGGUGUAUCGAUCCAGGGUGUCCUACAAGCGACUUGGACCCGAAUUCUGUCUGCGUAUCUAGGCGAAGAAGAUGUAGUGUUCGGCAUCGUCUUGUCUGGUCGCAUGAGCGAUGAGACGAGGAACGUCAUUCUCCCCUGCAUCACUACUCUGCCUGUCGUCGCACACAACAGAUCAUCAAACUCUGAGCUUGUUCAACAGAUGCUUGACUACAACAAUCAGCUUCUGAAGCAUCAGAAUGCUCCCUUAGCACAAGUUCAGAGAUGGCUUGGAUAUCCAAAUGCUAGAGUGUUUGACACUCUUCUUGUGUAUCAGCGGAUGCCAACCGAUGACACUCCCAACUUCCCGUGGGAGGUUGUCAGUGAUGAGGGCAACUUGGAUUACCCAGUUUCCUUUGAAGUUGAGCCGCUUCCCGACGGAAAGGUCCAGUUACGCCUGUCCUUCAAAACUGAUAUCUUGCCUAAGGCUCAAGCAAUCCAUUUACUGGACCAGUUCGACGCAGUGCUAAGACAUCUCGUCCAGUGCCCGGAGCAGACCACAGACGACCUGUGGGCCAGUGACCCGUCAAUUUUCUCCAUCACCCCUCCCCUGGAGCCUACAAUUCACUCUGAAGAGCCUUUCCUUCACAGCUUUGUCGAGACCAAGGCUGAGACUCAUCCCGACAAGAUCGCCCUUGAAUUUGUUACUGGAUUCGACGGCGAGACUCCGAUCUCUCGACAAUGGUCGUUCCGGGAGCUCAACGAGAAGGGAAACCAGGUCGCGCAUGUCUUGUCACCUCACGCAAAAGUUGGCGAGACCAUUGCAAUUCACUUUGAUAAGUGCCCAGAGGCGUGCUUCGUGAUUCUUGGAAUCCUCAAAUCAGGCUGCGCUUUUCUAGCCUUGGACCCGUCGGCCCCGAAAGCGAGAAAAGAGUUCAUUCUCAAAGACUCUGGCGCUCUGGCACUGUUGACGAACGUUGACAUCGACUUCACCGUUGAGCAACCCAUCAUUCAUAUAGACGACACUUCACUGAGUCACCAGCCCCAACAAUUCAUUGCCCCCGAAGGUCUCAGCGUGCAAGACAAUUCUUAUUGUUUGUACACAUCUGGCACCACUGGCACUCCCAAAGGAUGCGAGAUAACCCACGAGAAUGCAGUUCAGGCCAUGAAGGCAUUCCAGAGGCUGUUCGAUGGACAUUGGGACGAGAAGUCCAAAUGGAUGCAGUUUGCAUCGUUCCACUUUGACGUGUCCGUUCUAGAGCAGUACUGGAGCUGGUCUGUGGGAAUGACUCUGGUCGGGGCGCCUAGAGAUCUCAUCCUGGAUGACCUCGCUGGUACGAUCCGCCGCCUCAACAUCACGCACAUCGAUUUGACGCCCAGUCUGGCACGUCUUCUUGAUCCAGCCGAAGUUCCUAGCCUCUCAAGAGGGAAUGGAGUGUUUAUUACCGGUGGAGAAGCUCUCAAGCAGGAGAUCCUCGAUGUUUGGGGCCCCACUGGAGUCAUCUACAACGCGUAUGGUCCGACUGAAGCAACAAUUGGGGUCACCAUGUAUCAGCGUGUACCACAGAAUGGCCGGGCAUCGAAUAUUGGCAAACAGUUUGACAAUGUUGGAUCAUACGUGCUGCAUCCUAGCACUGACAUUCCGGUCAUGAAAGGCGGUGUUGGAGAGCUCUGUGUUUCCGGCAAACUUGUUGGUAAGGGCUACUUGAAGCGACCUGAGUUGACUCAGGAGCGCUUCCCCUUCCUUGAAAGACAUGGUGAACGCGUCUACCGCACCGGAGACCUGGUCAGAGUGCUACAUGAUGGCUGCUUUGACUUUCUUGGUCGUGCUGACGAUCAAGUCAAGCUGAGAGGUCAGCGUUUGGAAAUAGGAGAGAUCAACCACUCCAUUCGUACUCGGGUUCGUGAAGUCAGCGACGUCGCUACUUUGGUUACCAAGCACGGCAGCCUCGACAAGGAUCUUUUGGUCACCUUUUUCAGCUGCACGUCAAAAGGUGCUUCUAAGGAUGAACUUCAGGUCUUGAGCGAAGAAAAUACUGCCCCCCUCGUCCGUUCUGUUCAGAAAGCCUGCAGGGAUACUCUACCGGGAUACAUGGUGCCUUCAUACAUCUUCCAUGUUCCACGAAUUCCUCUUUCUCCCAACAAUAAAGCAGACAUCAAGCAGCUCAAUCAACUUUUCCGCACACUCACACCUGAGAAGCUGGUGCAGCUGUCACCAUCUUCGAGCGCAGCUUCUGAGCCAAUCAAUGACACUCAACGGCUGGUCCUGUCGACGAUGAGAGAGUUCCUGGGCGAGAACACGAACGUGUCUUUGUCAAGCAACAUUUUUGACCUCGGAGUUGACUCCAUUUCGGCGCUGCGAUUGUCGCGCUUAAUGCGCAAGGGUGGUCUCGCUGGAGCAUCGCCUCAUAUCAUUCUACGAAACCCGGGUCUAGGAGAUCUGGCUGAAACUUUGCAAGAGAGCCAGUCCUCGAAUGAGAGCAGCAGUGUUCAAGAGGCACGCCAGCUCAUCCAUGCAUUUGGACACAGGUACCGUUCCUUAGCCGUCCAGGAGCUUGGAUUGACCAAUGACCGAGACAUCGAGUACGUCGCACCAUGCACGCCACUUCAAGAAGGAAUGCUUUCGCGAUUCAUGUCAGAUCAGGACGAAGGUGCCUACUUCACUGCGUUCCGACUCAAGCUCGCGCCAGCAGUGUCCAUUGCCAAGCUCAAGAACGCCUGUGACAACAUGGUGAAAGCUCAUGCGAUCUUACGAACUAGCUUUAUCCAGACACCCGCUGGUUUUGCUCAAGUCGCAGCCAAGUCCGCUCAGCUCUCAUGGAAAGAUUUCCGUGAUCGCAGCCCUGCCGAGAUCGAGCCACUACUCUCCAGCGCUCUUCCAGACUUGAUACAUCAGAACAGCAGGAGUGUCUCAAAUCCUCUUGAGCUGAUUGUAGCUCAAAUUGGCGGGGAGACCGUCCUUGUUGUUCACAUCUUCCAUGCAUUGUACGACGGCUCAAGCUUCGAAUCAAUGCUCCGAUGGGUGUCUGCUGAGUAUUUGAACAAAGAGCACGAGGCACCGCCAACAUUCCUGGACACCCUCGCUCAUGGUCCUUUGGCAAAUUACGAUUCUAGCCGCCAGUUCUGGGUUGACCAUCUGAGUGACUGCUCCUUCGAUACCCUUCCCAGAUUGCGCUCAGGAGACCCUGCUGCUAUCAUCACGAAGACCAAGACUUACUCGGCACGCAAUUUGGAGACUUUGCGUAGAUCUCUUAACGUCACUUUGCAGUCGGUUGUGCUUGCCCUGUGGACCUCUGUCUUUAAGAAGCACUCCCCAGGCAACGCCGCUACUGGAGUCAUUGUUUCUGGCCGAUCUAUCGACAUGGAACAGGUCGAAAAUACCAUCGGACCGUUGUUUAACACACUUCUCUUCUACGCCGGCCUCAAAGAGGGUGACACUUGGUUGUCCCUGAUCCAGAAAUGCCACGAGUUCAAUACCUCUGUGCUGCAAUUCCAGCACGUGCCGCUGCGUAACAUUCAAAAGUGGUGCUCCAAGUCCAGAGGCCGUCCCAUCUUCGAGAACCUAUUUGUGUUCCAAAUCGAGGCACCUCGUUCCACAGAGCCAUCUGGCAUGUGGUCCAUCAUGGACGAUUACAGUGUUUCUGACUACCCCUUAGCCUUCGAAGCAUCCGCGACCUCAGAUGGCCAGCUGCGCGUCCAGGUCGUUGCGCACAGAGAUGUAGCCGACGAAGCAACGAUGAACUCUUUGUUUGAAGAGAUUGACGAUGCCAUGGUCGACGUGACAUCAAGGGCCACGUUUUCCUUGCCUGUUACCGCAAAUCCUUCCAGGGAGGCUUCAACAGCGGCGUCUCCCCGCACACCAUUGACUUCAAGACCAGAGUCCAUCGACGGGGAGAUCUCGAAAGAUUACCAUCUAGAAUUGAGUCUGUCAGACUUUGAGUGGACUCCAUCCGCUUUGGCUUUGAGGAAGGAGAUUGCUGCCCUAGCUGGUGCUUCCGAGGACAGCAUCACAGAAAACAUGGCGCUGCUUCAACUAGGUCUUGACAGCAUUGAUCUCGUCAAGCUCUCUGCGAGACUGAAACACAGCGGCUACGAGCUCACCUUGUCUCAACUUAUGCGCGCGCAAACUAUCGCUGCAAUGUCCCAGAUCUUGAGCAACAAGAAGGCAACUUCGGCUGAAGUCGACCACCAACUAGGCUUUGAUGAACUCAAAAAUCAAUUAUGGAAAGCUGUUGAGUCAACUCAAUUCAACCUCGACGACGCAGAGGCUGUUUUGCCUCCCACCCCUCUCCAAGAGUCCAUGAUGGCAGAAAUGCUCCAGUCAGACUUUGACCAGUACUUCAACCACGACAUCUUGGAGCUAGCCGACGGACUAGACCUUGAAAAAUUCGAGAGGGCCUGGAAGCGGACUGUGGAGCACUCACCAAUACUGCGCACAGUAUUCGUUCAGAUUGAGGAUCCGAAGGUGGAACAGACUUUCGCCCAGAUUGUGCUGAAGUCAAACUUGCCAACUUUGGGCAAGUUCGGAAAUGAUCAGACCGAGCCGCAAGACAUCAUCCAAAGCCACAAGGAGAAUGCUCAAGCUGCGAACGGGCACGGCAACUUACUUCAAUUAUCCCUCCUAUAUACGAGCUCGAAGUCGCUGCUUAUUCUGUCAAUUUCACAUGCUCUGUACGACGGUUGGUCAUUAGCUCUGCUACACCAAGACGUUGCUGUUGCCUAUCAAAGCCAAUUAGUUGAGCGCCCACCGACUGAGCCUUUCCUACGAGACCUUGUGAAAACGCCAACCGACCAGUCGCGGAAGUUUUGGUCUCAGUAUCUCGCAGAUACCCAGCCGUCCCUGAUAUCCGAGAGACAAUCCGCGGACGAAUUAUCUAGGAACGUCACUCACCGAACGGAGGCCGUUUCGAGCAUCAAUCAGGAGCAAGUUAUUGCAUUCUGCAAACGUCAUGCUGUCAGCUUACAGGUUUUGGGCCAAGCCUGUUGGGCAUCGGUAGUUGCGACUCUGCUACAAUCUCUUGAAGUUACUUUCGGCGUGGUUCUUGCUGGGCGUGACUCCGAGCAAUCACAAGCUCUGAUGUUUCCAACAAUGAAUACCGUAGCAGUGCGUUGCUUCCUUCACGGUUCAACCACGAGCUUCUUACGCUACCUUCAAGAGACGAUGGGCGAUAUCACAGAGUUCCAGAACUACCCUCUGCGAAAAGCCCAGAGCGCUGUGGGUGGGCGACUCUUCAAUACUCUGUUCAUCCUUCAGAAGAGUCCCAGCUCGGGGCCAGACAAUGUCCAGAUCAUGAAGUCUGUUCAGGGGUCUUCCGCAACCGACUUUGCUGUGUGCGCUGAGUUGGAGACCACCCCCGACACACUUGUUUGGCGCAUUGCUGGACAGGAUGCCUAUGUGUCUGAGAGAAUGACGGACCAACUGCUUCGUCAGCUUGAUAGAGCUCUGAGGUUCAUCAUCAAUACGCCUGACGACAACCUUCUCUGCUUUGAGGGUGACCAAGUUUCCAUCUGUCAACUGCCGAAAUUCCACGCUAAAGCAACAGCGACCUUGCCUUCAGGAACAGCCCCAAUAAAGAGGCCAGGUGUAAAUGAUGUCGAGUGGACGACAAAUGAGAGCACUAUACGAAGGGUACUCUCGCGAGCAGCAGAUGUAGAAGUCGAGUCAAUCGGCAAGAGCCAUACCCUUUACAACCUGGGCCUAGACUCUAUCAGUGCCAUCAAAGUCACGGCGCUUCUGCGCAAGGAGGGCAUAAACCUCGGGAUUCGCGCGCUACUGACUUCCAGCUCGAUUAAGGAGAUGGCAGGCCAGGCCCAAGCUACUCCUACCAAUCUUGAUGUUUCACCAGAAACGCAGGAUAUCGCCCCCAGAUACAAGCUACCCACUUCUAUCAACACGCAAGUGCUGCUUUCCAAUUCUGGCUUGUCCGAGUCUUGUAUUGAGGAGAUUUUGCCUCCACUACCGAUGCAAGUCCACAUGGUCUCAGCGUGGCAGAACGCAAGAGGCCGUGUCUUCUAUCCUGACUUCUUUUAUCGCCUCAAGGGGCCUGUCAACAUCGACCAACUUCAGUCGGCUUGGGUUGCACUAGUGGACUCUGAACCAAUUCUCCGAACAUGCCUGGUCGCUACAGGCGAAAGAUCACUGCCCUUUGUCCAGAUCAUACUACAGACUGAUCUUGAUGGACCUCACAAACGGGUUUUCAUUGAUGGACAAGGUCCAACGCCGACAACAGAACAGUGCUACCCGCAAGUACAACUCAAUGCGAAGCAAGAGGACGCCGAAUCAUGGACACUGAAGUUACGCAUUCAUCAUUCGCUAUACGACGGCUUCAGCUUGCCGGCUCUCAUGCAGAAGUUGCAGGCAUUGUUUCAGUCGAAAGCCUCUGAUAAGGCAGUUGAUCUAGGUCCAUGGAGGGCUUUUCUUGCUUCAAACCAUACCAAAGAAGUCAAAGACAACGACAAGAUAUUUUGGUGCAAGUAUCUGGAUGGUGUUAACCGGACGCUGAGCGAGAGUCACGAAGAUAGCUCAGGGCCAUUGAGCCGAGUUUCUCUCCUCAAACACUCAGUCGUCCCGGAGAUUGGCCGCCUCCAGGCAUGUUCUGCCCAAGCCGGCGUAGGACUACCGGCGCUGUUCUUCGCCGCAACAGCUAGAGCACUCCAGAAGUUCAGAAGUCAGGGAACAAGAGAGAUUGUCUUUGGUAUCUACUUUGCCAACAGAUCGUCGACCGAGGCAUUGGCGAACACGUUCCCCACACUCAACUUGGUGCCACUCAAGGUGUCUCUCAUAGAUGAUCUUGACCUCCUCCAGACUGCCAAGCAGGUCCAAGAUGACUUACAUCACAUUUCCUCUCAUGCAACUGUCGGACUUUGGGAGAUCAAGGAAUGGACUGGACUCGAGAUCGAUUGCUUCGUCAACUUCCUCCAUCUCGGCGAAGAAAACAGUGAGAUGUCAGAGGCCAGCUCUAUCUCGCUGGAGUCGAUAUCCAGUGACUCCAGUCCCAGCGACAUUUUCACAGAUAGCAGCGAUGGCAGUGAGGGAGACUGCUCGGCACGCUGGCUACAAAAUAACGUGGUGCGAGACGCGUUCCCGGACGCACUCGAUGUUGAGGCCUCGAUCAAUGCAGGUGGAAUGGAUAUCGGAGUUUUUGGAGCCUCAACGAUGGUGUCUGAAAGCACUGCCGAUGAUUUGAUCGGUCUCCUCGGUAGUAUACUGAAGGGUUUGUAG